AUGACCAGCCUAAAACAUGAUACCAGUCACAAGGAUGACAAUUCUGGCUCGGAAUCCAUUGCUCUUACUACAUUCAAAAGAGAACAGAAACACACAAUGAGUUCUCAUAGCUUUGACGACUUAGAGGGUUUUGAGCCAGGAUCUGAAAGUUCCACAGCCUCUGCCAGAUUGCUAGAGCGAGACGGAAGUCAGCUCCAGCAAGAAAAUGAUGAGUACCAUAAUAGCAGAAGUGAUGAGUACCAAAACCAAGAAUACCAUAAUCAGCAAUUCUCUCAUAACUUCUCCCAUAGCUCAACUGCUUUGGGAAGAAUCAAGGGCUUCUUCAGUAGAGUAUGGGAGGGCCCUCUCCAUCCAGAAGAUAAACCACCUCCACAGAUCAAAUCGCUCAAAGCUCUAGAAGAACUCCCGGAAAAGCUCAAACAGCGAAUUCCACGCCAAUUCAGAAUAGCAGCUGUAGUGUGCUAUUUACUAUUCUGGUUCGGUCUUUGCUAUAGUAUACUUGUGCCAUACUUGACUAUUCCGUCUGCACUUACAAAUGAUCCCGACGUAACUGUACUUUCGCUUUCUUGCCAGGCACAAUCGAGUUUCUGGAGAGGUAGAAACGGUGCUUGUGGUUUAGAUGGAAAGAACUGUCCGUCUGAAAAACUUGGCUCUGAAAUCGUGUUCCGUUGUCCUGCUUUGUGUGACAGAGGAAGUUGGACAUACUCGCUAAUACCUGUUGGUGAUCAGAGAAUUAAGUAUAGAGGCUAUUUUGUUGGAGGAGGUGAUCAAGUUGUAGAAAAGAUACAUCCUGACCAGGUCUCGAACCCAUAUAGAGCCGAUUCAUACCCUUGUGGAGCUGCUAUCCAUGCUGGGUUGAUUUCUCCCUUCUUUGGAGGAUGCGCUAGGAUUUCGUACGAUAGUGAAGAAAGGUCGUAUUUCGCUUCUACUGUGGGACAUUACGGUGUCGGAAAAUCUAUUGAGUUUCUUUCCUUUUUCAAAUCAUCCUACUUUUUUAAGGAUUUGCUAAGCGGAGUUGACGGUAACGGCAGCUUCACUCAUUGCUACGAUCCACGUUUGUUGGUCUUGCUAGUUAACAUAAUCUUGGGUAUCCCUGUGGUAUACUUAGCCAGUGGUGCUGUUUUAUACUGGAUCAUAAGUGUGGUGGGAUUCUGGACCAUCUGUAUGGCGACGGAUCCUCCUAUCACUGUAGAUGCAACCAACCUGGAGGACUUUGCAGAGUUGAUUUCUAUUGGAUUAGAGCAAUUCUUGCCUGCCUGUUGUAUCUUGUAUGUGUUGUGGCAUUGCUCAGCCAAGCGUACUCUUUCAGAUCAUCCCACUGAGCUUGACAUCAAGAAAUCACCCUUAAGUCGCUUGUUCUACUGGUAUCCCUUAUUCUGGUUGGGGGUAUUGAACAACAUGACUUUCGACAGAUUACCUGUUGACCGUUUGACUUGGAGUGACUUGAAGGAGCAAAGUGGUGCGUUCUUGGCAGUUGGCUCCAUAAUUGGAACCAUAGCAAUCUGUGCCGUAAUCCAAGCAUAUAAGAUUUGGUUGUCAGGACGCUUUCGUAAAUACCUCUUGGUGUAUGGCAGUUUCAUCUUCGGCUUAUUUGUAGUUCAUACUUUGCCUGGGUUGACUUUACGUAUCCAUCAUUACAUUUUGGCUAUGCUUUUGAUACCAGGAUGUGCCACCAGGGGGAGAACGGCAUUACUCUUCCAAGGCAUCUUGCUAGGGUUGUUUCUAUCUGGGGUUGCUAGAUGGGGAUUAGCAGCUAUAGCCGAAACGGUGACUUCAUUGAAAAGAGACGAUCCUAGAGGCAAGGUAGUUCCACCAGAAAUAUUAGCCUACAAUUCGACAGCAGGUAUUCUUUCAUGGACUGGAAUUAAAGAAGAAAUUCUCACUCCGCUCCAGGCCAAAAUUUAUGAGAAAUAUUCGCAGAUUUCGGUGCUCGUCAAUGAUAUUGAAAGAUACAUUGGUGACAGUGUAGAGUCUGUAGAUUUGAAGACUCUUUUUGAUACUCUGGCAGACUUGAAGAAAGAAAUAGCAGACAGCUUGAAAAAUGGGUACAGGGAUGAUGAGGGUAACAUUAUGAUUUACAUCAGAGUCGGACGUAAGAUUCCAGAUACAAAUUCUUACAGUGACUACACCAAUGCUGCUGUUCUCAAGUGGCCCAGCGGUGAGUUGGCACUUCCUGUUCUGGGUCUUACGUGA